GAAAACUACGAACUGAUGUUGCAGCAGCUUUUCCUAACCUUAGUGCUGAACAAUUGACUGAGUUUAUUCCAAACAAGGAAGAGCUUAAUGUCAUCAAAAUAUACUCUCACAAAGGGGAGGCCAUCACUGUUUACAUGAAUAACAGGAACCCAGUACUGUUUGAAAUUGAGAAAGCUCUGUAUCCAACAGUGUACACUCUGUGGGUCUACCCAGAUCUUCUCCCUGCUUUUUCAACAUGGCCCGCUGUGCUACAGAAACUAGCAGGAGGAGCAGAUCUGAUGCUGCCAGGAGUUGUAGUGCCAUCGUCUGGUUUUCCUCAAGUAGAGCGGGGCACGCUCUGUGCUGUCACCCUUUUGGGAAACAGAGCUCCAGUAGCAGUUGCAGUUGCCACUAUGUCCACUGCGGAGAUGCUGGCUGCUGGAAUGAAAGGGAAGGGCUUUGCUGUGUUGCAUACUUACAUGGAUCACCUCUGGGAAUAUGGUGACAAAUCUUAUCCUCCUACCUUAGCUCCCUCGGUAACAGAUUCUGCUGAAAAGGAGAGUGCUGAAGAUGAGGAAGAGAUGGAAGGGAAAGAAAAAAAGCCUGUCAUCACCUUCUCCACUGAUCCAUUGCAGCAUGUGGACGUUGGUGAUUUGAGCCUGAAGGACCGAGACAGUUGUGCAAUACUGAUGGGAAAGGAGGAACUCAGUGAGAACAGAGCUGCAGAAACAGCUGAAGAUGCCAACACAGAGAAAAAGGAAGCUGAAGACAGCAGGACUCCACAAGAGCAAAUGGAUGCAUUAUUCAAUCAGUGCUUUUUUCAUGCCUUAAAAUGCAAAGUAAAGAAGUCUGAUCUCCCUCUGCUCACCAGCACGUUUCUACGCAGCCAUAUGUUCUCAUGCUGCCCUGCUGGACAACAACUGGACAUAAAGAAAUCAAGCUAUAAGAAGUUCUCUAAAUUCCUGCAAUGUAUGCAGCACCAGAAGAUCUUACAAGUGAAGGAGCUGAACAAAGGUGUGGAGAGCAUCGUGGAAGUGGACUGGAAACAUCCAGACAUUAAAGCAUUUGCAGUACCUGAAGGAUUUUCUUCAGCCUCUGCUGCCCAAGAGAGCAAGCAUGAAGACAGAGAACAAGUGUACCAUGCUCCUGAGAUCAUUCCACUUUAUGGGGUCUCAACGAAAAUGAUCCCACUCUUCCAGGAAUCUGGACACAGAAAAGGCAGCAUCCUCUCAAGCAGUGAGGUGAGAAACAUCAUCAUUAAUUAUGUGAAGACUAAUGAGUUGGUUGAUGAAACAAACAAAAACUUUGUAAAAGUGAAUGCCAUUCUCUGUGACUGCCUGUUAGAUAAAUCCGAACAAGAUGAAAUCUCAAACCUUAAAUGGGAUGACCUCUUGAGCAGGUGCCUUGAACGACUGCAGCCCUUACACCAGGUGACAUUUUUUGGACAAGAACCUAUUGUGAGGAAAGGAAACAUUGAGCCCAUCAACAUAACCAUAGCACAGAGAUCAUCAAAUAAGAAGGUUACAAUUAUCAAGAACCUUGAGCUGUAUGGUCUGGACCCACAGUGUGUGGCCAGCAUUCUGCAACAAAAAGUACAAGCCAGUGCCACCAUCACCCCAGUACCAGGAACAAAAGACAGAGUUCAGGUCCAGAUCCAAGGCAACCAAAUCCAUCAUCUGGCCAAGAUGCUGCUAGAAGAAUACCAGCUACCUCGGAAAUACAUUCAAGGCCUCGAGAAGGCUCCAAAGCUUGGCCGGAAGAAGUAAGAGAAAAAUCUACUAUAAGAAUUACUCAGAUCUUGUUAUUUAUAGAAUUGUUCUGCCAACAAAUCAAGGAUAAUGUACAGGCCCUAUUAAGUCAAAAAAAUGAGUCCUAGGAGUUUACAGGGUCUAGAAUUCACCCAAAUAAUAAUACUGCUCCAGCUGUUCAUUUUUCAUAAAAAUAAAAAACUGAAUAA